GCACAGUGCAGGCCCGAUCCCGACCCGUUCGUGUCCACCGCUCGUCCGUCCGUCAGACCGUCUCCAAACGCGCAGUCAUGGCAGCGGCGACGAGUGUGUGUGCGCUGCUGCUGCUGUCUGUGGCGGUGGCAGAGCCGCAGUACAGCCUGCCGGACGGUUACCUGCCUCCACUGCCCGGAGGGUACCUGCCGCCGCCUCCUGGAAGCUACCUGCCACCCAGUGGAGAGUUCCGGCCGUCUGGUAGCGGGGCCGGGGUCGGACUUCCACUGCCACCUCCGCCGCCGCCGCCCAGGCAGCAAACCACACUGCCAAAGCCCCAGCCCAGGCCAGAGCCGAAGCCCCAGCCGAAGCCGCAACCGAGGCCUGUGAAGCAGGUCCAGAAGCAGCCUCCUGCUACGUCAUCCCAGCCGAUGAAGACAAUCUUCUUCGAGAAGGAGCACUACAUGAACAAGGCGACCGAGCAGGGCUUCUGCAGCACUUUCUGUGGCAGCAUACGCAACGAGAUCGUCCGCAAGCCGGGCCGGUGUCCGGCCAUCCAGCCUGGCCCGCAGCGCGGCCUCUGCAAGGACGAGUGCACCUACGACUCCGAGUGUCCACGCAGCCAGCGGUGCUGCAACAACGGCUGCGCCAACGUCUGCGUCGAGCCCGACUUCCGUCAGACGUGUGCCGACCUGCAGUGUGGUCCCGGCACAGAGUGUGUGGAUCAUCCCGUGCUGGACGCGGAGUGUGUGAGCACCACGCCCAAGGGCGGCUACUGCCCCAAGUACAUGAACGACAGCCGGCCCAUCGGCGGCUGCGAAGACAUGUGCAAGUUCGACUCCCAGUGUGACGGCGACGCCAAGUGCUGCUUCAACGGAUGCGCCUACAAGUGCCUGAAGCCGCGCAAGCCUGGCUGUGCCGAGACCAAGUGCAAGGUGGGCUUCAAGUGCGAGGAAGAUCGCUACGGCAACCCCCAGUGCAAGCCGAUCCCCUGCGAGCAAGAUGGUGAAGUGAUCGACAUUGAGUGCAACAGCUGCACUUGCAUCCAGGGCUUCCUGCUCUGCGCCCAGGAGGAGUGUCCGCCCGUCAAGCCCGGCUUCUGCCCGCGCAUCGUCAAGGGCUACAAGGGCCGCUGUGUGGAGGAGUGCAGCAGCGACUACGACUGCGAAGGCGAGACCAAGUGCUGCAGUACCGGUUGCGGCCACACCUGCCAGAAGCCGGGCAAGGCCAUCGUGCACCCCUGCAAGACGGUCCGCUUCCGCUGUGGAGACGACACGCGCUGCGCCGCCACAAGAGGUCUCUGCCAGCCAGGAAAACCAUGCCCCCUCUCACCGCUAUGCGUCUCCAACAGAGUUCCCUACUGCGAGAGCUGCCCCGAGGGCAAGGUCUGCGUCCUGCAGAAGAAGGCCUGCUUCGGUGCGGGAAGGUGUCAUCGGCAACCGAUCUGCAUCCAGCUCUACAGCGACGACACGCCCUUCGAGGAGAACGAGGACCUCGAGGUCGCCGUCGUUGCCAAACAACAAGCGGCGAGGAGCCGAAACACAUUUUUCCCUUAAAAAUGUCACCUUGACUUCCGUUCGAUACACGGGUUACCGCUGCGGGGAGUAGCGCGCAUCCCUGAGCAACUCCCGGAUGACCUCCUGCCGGACUUUCUGGUGGACUUCCAGUCGAAAGCCGCCGAAACUUCGACCGGAGGCUAUCCCGGAGCAAUGGCUCGUGCAGACGGGAUCUUUGAUCUAAUUAACACGUGUAUUUAUCUUGUUCAGGUUUGUAUGAGUGCGAGGGGCAUGUGUUGGUUGUUGAUGCGUUGGAUCUGAUCUUGGUGAGCGGAAAAGCGACACGUCUUUCACACCUGGGAUAGCGAACAGUCGCGAGUAUUACGUCAUCGCUCUCAUCGUCACAUAUCAUUGGGGGUCGGCCGUGGGGUGCGCAGUGUGUGGAGGAUAAUACAUGUUACAUGGCGGGAAGAAGUAAGAGAUGUGCACUUUGUCUGUAACAGGAAACAUUAGAAUUAAGUAUGUGCCGCAAUGUGGCGAAUUGAGAAAUGCUGUCAUGAUGAGAACACUGAUGUACCCGUAACGGCAUUAAUACUGUAGAAAACAAUAAACAUAGCAAAACAG